UCCAGUUUUUGUCUCAGAGACAUAGAGGUUACCCAUUCAGUGCUUCUUUCUAUGUCAAUGGCAUCAUGGUUACCAGGAUCAGUUCCUGCUGUGAGUACCGCUACACUCCUGGCUUCCAGCAGGGGAGGAAGAGCUGCUUCAGAUUGACUUGGCUGGCUGGUGGGAUACCCUGCUACAGAUGCACAAGUCUCCGAACCAAAUACAGCUCCAGCCAGCAGCUGAACAAGAGCACAAAGGAGAACUUAAAUCUUUCUCUAGAGCAGAGCACUGGCAAUGCAGGCGUCAUCGAGUCAUGUCCAUCAUCCCCUCUAUUUAUCCCAGCCAAACCUGUGAAGAAAUCAGUGAGGAGGACAACAAAACACACCAAGGAGGGCAGCAGAGGAUCAACAGACAGCGAAGACCUCCCUGUAGCUGGAAUUAAAGAGACCUCCAAAAAGAAACGACGCAAGGGUCAAACUAAUCAGAAGGAGAGCAAAGGCAAGACAGCUGAAAAUGACAGAGGGGAAGGGAGACAAGACGGCAAGAGCUCAACGAGGUCAACAAUCAUGGAAAAAUUUGAAGACAAGGCAUCGUCUGCCAGACGAGAGCAGGACAGAGCAACCGGCCCUGUCAUGAUCCUGCAUACGGGGCAGCCGCCAUUGAACACGACAAGCAAAUUUCCCGAUUCAUUGCAGGAUGAGGAAGCUCUGACUAAGCAGAACAGAGAGAAACAGAAGGGCCUUGGAUCAAAUAGGAAAAACAGAGAUGGGGAAAAGCUGAAGGACUUCUAUGAAGAAUGUGUGGAAAUGAGUGCUGCGUUGAAGCAAGGCCCAAGCAAACAUCACUGGUUCAAGGCAAACAUCCUGGAGAGGUGCCGGCUCCAGAAGAGGCUGUCAUUGGGCCCCAAAGCUCAACGCUCAGAUGUGGAGCUCAGUGCAGAAAGUGACACCAUUCUGCAGCAUGAUGGAAAGCCAGAGGAAGAAGAGGACAAGGCUAAUCAGAGCGCUGGCACGGAAGAGUCCGUUAGAGAGCAAGACCUGCAGGCACAGCUUCAUGCCAUGAUGACAGUGCUGAGCAUGUCUGAUGAGGUGGAGCAGCUAGUUCUGAGGAACACGGACCUCACAGAUGACCUUCUGCUGAGCCUGGCGGGGGCACUAAAAAGCAGCCAGUCUGAAGUCACACUACUCAAUCUCAACCUCAACCUCAUUGGCCCCUACGGUGCUCACAUUCUGCUGGACGUUCUGAGAGUGAAGCCCCAGGUCAAAGGCCUGCACUUGUUUGGGAACAAACUGCGUGACCAUGGAGUGCUGACCCUGUUGAACGGAAUAGCUGAGCUGCAGGAACAAACAGCAAGAGCAGCUGCUGCUAUCCAACAGGCUAUGCUUUUCCCAUCAGAACACAAUAUGCUACCUCAGCUGCCCUCUGGAUGGAGCUCUUUCAGGCUUUUUACACUUUUAGAGCUGGAUAUUGGAGGAAAUGGUUUGAGCAGUGAUGGGGUGAAAGUGUUAGCAUCAUAUAUGAGAUCCCAUUCCUAUCUUCAGUAUUUAGGGCUAGCACAGACCAGCGGUGCCGAUCUGGCAGCGUGGAAGGAACUUUUUGACAGCUUAAAAGGAAACAGCUCACUGACUCAGAUCAUCCUAGACGAAAAUAACUUGGGUGACCCCGGGGUCAGGCUGCUGGCUGACAUGCUGAAAGAGAACAUGAGUUUGCGGCAGGUGGAUUUAGACAAGAACUGCAUCAGCGAUGUGGGAGGAAAUGACAUCAUGGGGGCUUUGCUUUGCAGGACACAGUUUCCACUGAGGCAUCUGAGCCUCCAGGAGAACAACAUCAGUGCAGGACUAAUGAGCAGGAUACAGGAGGAGUGUUACCCCUCGUGACUCCACACCUACUUCGCUAAAAUCGACUCCAGCAAGACUCCAGGCUCGUUGAUCCAUCUGUCAUUCUAUUGAAUAAUUUGCUGCCUUCUGACAAAAAAGAAACCACAGUGAUUCAUUCCACCCACAGUAUUUACAAGUGGAUGACUUACCCACGACAUUUUCCCCCAGAGCAUUGCAGUAGCUCUUCUCCACUUCUACAAAUCAAAAGAGUUAUGGACAGUCAACUAUGCCACAUCAACUACCCCUAUUUUGUUGUUCUUGCGUCUUCAUGCGCUAGACAGUACUUCUAUUCAUAAUCCAAGAAGCAAAACUAGGCCACACUCAUCUGGAUUUCAGGGCCGUCAUCUCAUUGUUCUAUCAACAUAGACAUUCUGAGAAUAACUGUACCUGUGAUCAAAGCUUGUCAAAGUGGUAAUUAUCUCCUCCUCUCAAGGCUGCCAGUAGUGAUUCUGUUGAAAAUAACCCGUCCAUAUUUCAUCUGCAGUCUCUGCGAAUUCCUUUCUGCGGAACCCCGAUAAAGGCGCUCCUCGAAUCCCCAAGCGGAUGACAGAUAAAUGAGACUGGUGUUCCUGAAGAUUACA